AAGUCAUCAAUAUGCUCAUUUACAUUUUGAUAUCGGGAAUCUAAUAAACAAAAUUCAAAAGCACUGUUCUAGAAGAAUUUCUUUGCCACAAAAACAGAACUAAAUUAACAUUUGCAACAACACUAUUAUUUGUUGAGAAGUUUUCCACAAACAAUUGGCCGAAAGCAUCUUAACCACUACUACUACAAUUACGACCACCAGCAACGCAGUACAGCCGAAGCAGCACAACAUUCACUUUCGUUCAAAACAACUUCCAAACGUAAACAAAACUUUUCACAAAUCGUGCACAAGCGCAUGCGCACAGAGAUUCGUGUACUCGGCGAGAUCGCGCUACUACGUCGUCGUUACGAAAAGCCAAAAAAAAAUCACAAAUAUUCGGCAAAUUUGAAAAAUACAGCAAUAGAAGCGCGAAAGCAUAAAAUCGAGUGUGGCGGCAAGAAAAGCCAACAGUUUGCCGGCGCGUUUGAAAGCGAGCAUUUCAUAUUCAAUUUUUUCACAAACAGUCAAAGAACACUGCCGGAGAAAGUGCCGAGUGCAAUACAGAUAAUAUAAAAUAAAAUAGAAGAAGAAGAGAUAAGCAUUGCAUUGCAUUUAUUUUUAGUGCAUUUGAGAUAUUAAGCGAAAAAUAUGGUUAAGGCACCAGCAAUCGGUAUUGAUUUGGGCACCACCUACUCCUGUGUGGGCGUUUGGCAGAACAACAAAGUCGAAAUCAUCGCCAACGAUCAGGGCAAUCGCACCACACCCAGUUAUGUUGCGUUCAACGAUACGGAACGUUUGAUCGGCGAUGCGGCCAAGAAUCAGGUCGCUAUGAACGCCAAAAAUACAGUAUUCGAUGCCAAGCGUCUGAUCGGUCGUCGCUUCGAUGAUACAAAAAUACAGGAGGACAUGAAACAUUGGCCCUUCAAGGUGGUCAACGACUGUGGCAAGCCUAAAAUCGAGAUCGAGUUCAAAGGCGAAGUGAAACGUUUCGCACCAGAGGAAGUUAGCUCAAUGGUGUUGACUAAGAUGCGUGAAAUCGCCGAAGUUUAUCUGGGUGGCAAGGUUACCGAUGCCGUUAUUACAGUACCCGCCUACUUUAACGACAGCCAACGUCAGGCCACCAAAGAUGCCGGUUCAAUUGCCGGUCUCAAUGUGUUGCGCAUCAUAAACGAGCCCACCGCCGCUGCUUUGGCCUAUGGUUUGGAUAAGAAUUUGAAAGGUGAAAAGAAUGUGCUGAUCUUUGAUUUGGGUGGUGGUACUUUUGAUGUCUCCAUAUUGUCCAUCGAUGAGGGCUCACUCUUUGAGGUCAAAUCGACAGCGGGUGAUACACAUUUGGGUGGUGAAGAUUUCGACAAUCGAUUGGUCAAUCACUUUGUUGAGGAAUUCAAACGCAAGCACAAACGCGAUUUGUCCAGCAAUGUACGCGCUUUGCGACGUCUGCGCACCGCCUGUGAGCGCGCCAAGCGUACGCUGUCCAGCAGCACAGAGGCUUCUAUUGAAAUCGAUGCCUUGCAUGAGGGUAUUGACUUCUAUUCGAAGAUCAGUCGCGCACGUUUCGAAGAGCUGAAUAUGGACUUGUUCCGUUCGACUCUGCAACCAGUUGAGCGUGCGUUGAAUGACGCCAAAAUGGACAAGGCGGCCAUACACGAUGUCGUACUGGUGGGCGGUUCUACACGCAUUCCGAAAAUACAAAAGAUGUUGCAGGACUUCUUUGGCGGCAAACAGCUGAACUUGUCCAUCAAUCCCGAUGAGGCUGUGGCUUAUGGUGCCGCCGUGCAAGCUGCCAUUCUCACCGGUGUGGGUAGUUCACAAAUUCAGGAUGUGCUACUGGUUGAUGUCACCCCACUUUCGUUGGGUAUCGAAACUGCCGGUGGUGUGAUGACCAAACUAAUUGAACGCAAUGCACGCAUUCCAUGCAAACAACAACAAACCUUCACAACAUACAGUGACAACCAGAAUGCUGUCACCAUUCAAGUGUACGAAGGUGAACGCGCCAUGACCAAGGACAACAAUCUUUUGGGUACUUUCAAUUUGACUGGCAUACCACCAGCACCACGUGGUGUACCCAAAAUCGAGGUCACCUUUGAUCUGAAUGCCGAUGGCAUAUUGCAUGUAUCCGCUAAGGAUAACAGCACCGGUAAAUCUGAGAAGAUUACCAUCACCAAUGAUAAGGGACGUCUAUCCAAGGCCGAAAUCGAUCGUAUGUUAUCGGACGCCGAACGUUAUAAGGAUGAGGAUGAGAAACAGAAGGAGCGCAUACAGUCGAGGAAUGCUUUGGAGAGUUACAUCUUCAGCUGCAAGCAGGCCAUUGAAGAUGCACCCGCUGGACGUCUGACAGACGCCGACAAGACAACGGUACGUGAUAAAUGCACUUCGGAAAUGUCUUGGCUGGAUGCCAAUACACUCGCCGAAAAGGACGAGUUCGACGAUCAUCUCAAGGAGUGUCAACGCGUUUGUGGUCCAGUAAUGGCGAAGAUGCAUGGAGGUGCUGGCAGUGGUGAUGCAGGUGCGGCAAAAGGAGCACAAGGCGGACGCGCCGGCGGACCGACUGUCGAGGAAGUCGAUUAAUUUAGCAAUAAUUUAACGCCAUUCUCAUACUAAAUUACACGCAUAAUUUUAAUUUCACUUUUAAUUUGCAUUAUUUAUUCCUAUAUUUUCUAAAUUGGACAAUUAUAUAUAUACGAUAUACAAUAUAAUAAAUUUA